AUGACACUCUUUCGAAACCUGGCCCUUCUAGCGGCCUCUAUCGCCCCUGUCGUCGCACAAACGUGGACGCACUGCAAUCCCACCAACCAGACUUGCGACCCCAACCCAGCGCUCGGAACAAACUACACCUGGGCCUUCAAUGAGACCCUUGACGACCAGAUUUGGAACGUGACGAAUGGCGAGAUCAACUACACCGAGGAUGGCGCUGAAUUUACAAUCGCGAAGAAACUCCAGUCGCCCACUAUCCAGUCCACCUUCUACAUCUUCUUUGGUAUUCUCGAAUUCCACGCCAAGAUGGCCAAGGGCGGCGGUAUUGUUAGUAGCGUGGUCCUGCAGUCGGAUGACCUAGAUGAGAUUGACUGGGAAUGGGUCGGAUACAACACGACGGAAAUCCAGACCAAUUACUACAGCCAGGGAGUUACGAACUACAAGAACGGUAAAUUCUUCUAUGUUGACAACGCCGACACGGAAUUCCACAACUACACCACCUACUGGACAUCGGAGAAGCUGGAAUGGUGGGUGGAUGGCGAGCUCCUACGGACACUUACCUACGAUGAAACUACGAACAGCACUGGAAGCACCUAUCCGCAAACGCCCUGCAAUGUACGCAUCGGUAUCUGGCCCGCCGGUGAUCCCAGCAACGCCCAGGGUACGAUUGAGUGGGCUGGGGGUGAAGUCGAUUACGAUGCAGGCCCGUACACGAUGACUGUUAAGGAUGUGCGCGUGCACGACUUCAACAGUGGGAAGGAGUAUGAGUAUGGUGACAAGUCUGGCACCUGGGAGAGCAUCAACGUUAUCAAGGGUAACUCUACCGCCUCCGAGGAGAUCAACAAGCCCAAGCCCAAGUCGCUGUCGGAGAAAUGGGACGAUCUGCCUUCGGGUGCCAAAGCCGGUGUUUACGUGGGAGCCGCCGCUGCCGGAGCGGUUCUGCUCGCCCUGUUUAUCUUCUUCUUCAUCCGCCAGCGCAAGAAGGGCCGUCUCGAGCACGCCCUUGACGACGCCAAGUUCGAAUCCGAGCGCAAUGAGAUGAACACCUACCAAGGCAACUGGAAGCAGAGCGAAUGGAGGAAUGGGGGCUACCAGCCCGUGCAGUAA